AUGAAUACAAAAAACACUCAACUCAUUAGCUUGCUGGCAGAAUGUGCAGAUGCCUGCGGGAAUUGCUCUACAGCCUGUCUGGCGGAAAAAGACGUUCAAAAAAUGGUGGAAUGUAUUCGCCUGGAUAUGGAUUGUGCCCAGAUGUGCCAGGUUACCGCUGCCUUUAUCAGCAGGGGCUCCGAUCAUGCUAAACACUUCUUAAAAGAGUGUGCGGAGAUCUGCAGAAAAUGUGCGGAAGAAUGCAGCAAACAUUCUCAUAUGGAUCAUUGCAAAAUUUGUGCAGAGGCUUGCAGGAAAUGUGCAGAAGCCUGCGAAAAAGCGAUUUAA